GCGACAGGGUAGCAAAAAUAAUUGGCCAGAAAAUGAAACGCUUUGCAUUUUUGAAAAUGUCGUUGCUGUCGCCUGCCUGCGUUUUCGGAUCGUCAGUGUCUUAAUAUUGCGAUUUGGUGAAGUUCUGUUUAGCAGUCUAUUUUAAAAAUAAUUAGAUUUCAGUAUACAAAUAAGUAAAUCGGUGAAAUAUAUCAACUAAAAAUAAUAAGUUGAAAGGUGGAAAGGAAAUAUAUUUAACGGGCAGAAGAAAUAUGGAUGAAUUCGAUAAAAAGUGUAAAAUCGAACAAGACAAUGAAUUGGGACGAUAUCUAACAGCUGCUAUAGACAUUAAAGCCGGAGAAACUAUUAUGCUUGAAUGUCCUGUUCUGAUUUUAUCGGCAAAUGACGAACGACGUUGCUCCAACUGCUUCCUCUUAGCAAAUGAAUUCUGCAGUAAAUGUAAAGUGUUUCCACUGUGUGGGAACUGUAAUACACACAAUGACUACGAUUGUAACAAAUUCGUUGAUAUGAAUGAACUAAAAACCUCUGAGCUGCAGAAAGGUGGUCAGAUCUACGGAGUUCUUAAAUGUCUUCUACUUCGGGAAAACACUGAAACGGCUGAAUGUUAUAAAAAAUUUAUACAGCUUGAAGCACAUUUGGAGGAACGACGCAAUACUGAAGUAUGGGACGAAAUCAAGAAAAAUGUAGUUACACCUAUAAUCAAUUCGGGGCUACCAAAUUAUCUCAAGUCAGAUGAAGAAUCGAUUGAUGAAGAACUCUUGCAGCGUUUGUGUAGCAUAGUUGAUGUAAAUUGCUUUGAAAUACGUGCUCCAGACACAUCAUACAUGCGUGCAGUAUACCUAAAUGCGUCAUUGAUGUCACAUCAGUGUGUCACCAAUACUGUGGUAGCUAUAGAUGAUAAUUACAAAAUGAAAGUUUAUGCCAAUCGCGACAUCACUCAAGGCGAAAUGUUACUUAACUGCUACACAAAUGUCCUCUUAGGCACCGAAGAACGUCGUCAAAACUUAAAGUUGGGAAAAUACUUCUUCUGUACCUGCGCACGUUGUGAAGAUCCCACAGAACUGGGGUCUCAUAUGAGCAGUCUAAUUUGCCCACCGUGUGCACAAAAUAAACGUGAUGGUUUCGUUGUUAAAAAGAACAACAAAUGGCAGUGUCUUACCUGUCAACAUACAGUGAAAACAGACUUUGUGGAAAAUAUAUUGGAACGAGCAAAAGAGGAAAUAUUUCACGCAAAGGAUGACAUUUAUAGAUACGAACUUCUGUUGGGAAAACUGAAUCGGUUUUUUCAUCGUAAUCAUUACAUGAUGAUCGACAUUAAGCAAAAUGUAGCUGCAAUUUUACGUUCUAUUAUACUUAAUCUGGCCCAUCGUCCAGGACGAAAAGUUUACGAAAGAAAGGUGAGACUCUGUCAAGAGAUUUUAAACGUGUUGCAAAUUAUUCAGCCGGGCAUAUCGCGUCUUAAAGCUAUCGCGCUAUACGAAUUGUGUAAUGCUUCAGCUGAGCUACAUCGUAUGCGAUUUAAUGAAAAUGAGAUAUCCCAAAAGGAGUUAAAGGAACUUUUGCAACAAUCAGAGUCGAUGCUUCGUGAAUCAAUACGAAUGUUGUUGUAUGAACCUGUCGAAACACCAGAAGGAAAAUUAGCAAAGAGCAUGCUCAAAGAAUUGAAGGACCUACAAAAUGAUAUGGACAUGUUGAAAACAAAGUUCUAAUAAAUAAUGUAUGAUAAAAGCAAAAUGUUGACAACUUUCUUAAAUACAUUA